AUGCCAGGCCUAGCCAAGAAACUCCUGGUGUUUGCCGCGAUUGAUGGUCUAUUUCUGCAACCUGUGGGGACUGGUAAGGGAGUAAAGAUCGAUUAUGGAACGACCAACAAAGUCACGUCAACUACGAGGUCAGAAGAGAGAGAUGACACCGGCUUUGAGGUUCAUGGGAUCAUCGGGUUGUUAAACCUGGUUUCUUCUACAUUUCUCAUAUCGAUCACCUCUCGUGAAGAGGUUGCCAACGUCUGGAACAAGCCCAUAUACCUAAUACGCGACGUCACCCUUAUUCCACUUUCUUCCAAAGCAGAGGCGUCGAAAGCCAUCGCUCUUGCACAAGGAGCUAAGAAGCGAGCCGCCGACUUGGCAUAUGGAGAAGAGACAGACGAGAGUGAUGUGGGUGAAGACGCAGAGGUUUCAUCCAUAGGAAGUGAGGACGACGAGCCGAGGUCACGACCCCAAGAUGAAGCUGGAGCACUGGAGGUUCCAAAGGGUGGUGUAGCAAAGCAGAGCACAACGUUUGUGAAGAACGUUGUCCAAGAGAAGGGAAAGUAUGGCAGAUUUGCGAGUCAAUGGUUCAGCAAAAACGGCGGGCAAACCAAUGCCAGACGAAGCCAAGGAUUGACGAAAGAGCAGGUGGAUCAAGAAAACCAAGCGCUUCCGAAAGGAGAUUUGAAGGGAGACGAAGGAGACCGCGUUGAUGUAAACGUCACAAUGGGGGCAGCCGACGAUGAAGCUGGCAAGGAGAAAAGUACCACUACUUCAAGCGGGGCCAUUCUAAAACGCAGUACCAUCGAGCGUCUUACACCGCGUAUCUUGCGAAGCGCAAGGCUGUAUUUCAGCUCAAGCGGGUUUUAUUUCUCUUACGAGCAUGACUUGUCAGGCACACUACGAAAGGACGCAUCCUCAUCUCUGCCACUUUGGAAGCGAUUCGACAGCCUAUUCUUUUGGAACCGUCAUCUGAUAAAUCCUUUCAUCGAAGCGAAUCAAGAUUCUCUAGUUCUACCACUCAUCCAAGGCUUUGUCGGACAACGGCAAUUCUCCAUCACCACAAAAUCGACAGGAACUAAGGACGACAUAGUCGCUAGCAAUGAUAACGAACAACAAACCACGGAAGGCCCGACUGAGCCAACGAAGCACGAUUUCCUUCUCACGCUGAUCAGUCGACGAUCAGUCAAACGCGCAGGACUUCGAUAUCUACGAAGAGGCGUUGACGACGAAGGUUUUGUUGCCAAUAACGUCGAAACUGAACAGAUAUUGUCAUCCAGCUCAUGGGGCCCAACAGAAAAGGCAUUUUCACUCGUGCAAACCCGUGGUUCGAUGCCGCUGUUCUUCUCACAAAGUCCGUAUAGCUUCAAGCCACUGCCCGUGAUGUUCGGCUCAGAUGCCACAAAUCAGACUGCAUUUAGAAAGCACUUUACAGCUCUCGCGGAACGGUACGGACGGAUUUUUGCUACAUCGCUCGUGGAUAAGCAUGGCACAGAGGUUGGCAUUGGCGAAAAGUAUGAGCGCAAUGCAAAGCUUCUCAACGAAGAUGGAGGUGUGGAUGGCAGGCUCAUCGGAUUUGAGUGGUUCGACUUUCAUGGCGCGUGUAAGGGUAUGAAGUUCGAGAACGUCUCCAUCUUGAUGGAAACCCUUCAGGAUUCUCUGCACUCAUUCUGCUGGAAUGAGAAGCAGAAUGGUCAAAAUACCAGACAACAAACCGGCGUGCUCCGAACCAAUUGCAUGGACUGCUUGGAUCGAACGAAUGUUGUGCAAUCUGCAGUCGCAGGUUGGGCACUAUCCGCUCAGCUUGCAGAGCUUGGCCUGACAAUUGAUCUUCAGAAAGACAGCUCCACUCAAUGGUUCAAUGGACUAUGGGCCGAUAAUGGGGACGCUUGCUCUAACCAGUACGCAGGCACAAGCGCACUGAAAGGAGACUUCACUCGCACGCGUAAGCGUAAUUGGGUCGGGGCGUUGAAUGAUUUCAGUCUGACACUGAAUCGCUAUUACAACAAUCUGUUUGGAGAUUACUUCCUUCAGACGAACAUCGACUACUUCCUUGGCAAUGCUGGACCAUCAGUCUUCGACGAGUUCGAAACCGAUAUGAUGUCCCAAGACUAUGCACUUGACAUGCGCAACGUGCGUCAGAAUGCCAUUGACACCUGCAUCAAGAUCGUGCUGGAAGACCCCAAAGAGGACUUCAUCGCUGGUUGGACCCUCCAGUGUCCACGACAGUCCAAUACGCUUCGCUCGAUGCCUUUUGAGGAAUGCGUGCUGCUUUUGACAGACUCUGCAUUGUACUUUUGCCGUUUCGACUGGCGAACCGAGAAAGUCGGCAGCUUCGAGCGAGUUGAUCUUCUUGACAUAAAGGCACUUUGGAGGGGGACGUACAUUACCAGCACUCUCGGAGAGGCGCAUCUGGACGCGAAGAAGAAUGUUGGAUUUGCGUUGAAGUAUCAAAGCCUGGGACCAACUGUGAGGACCAACACCAGGAGCAUGUCGGUCUCUGAUGGGUUGGAAGCAGCUGAAGGAAAGGACAAGAAGACAUCGACUGGGAAGGAUCAAAGCAUUGUUUUGGCUUUCAAGGCUUUACCGCCCAAGGCGUCUGCCGCCAUGGACAAACAUGCUGUCGCUGAUAUGAAUGAGAUCGAUUCUGUGAAGCACAUUUGUGAGGAGAUCCGAAGAACUAGGAAUACCGCCCUACAGCGAUCUUCUGAGGAAAUCAAAGACGAAAAUGUUGAGAUUGAAGAAAGGGACAUCAUAUCCGCCGCUGAUGCGAGAAAAAGCACAAGCUAUGUGGAGUCCUUAGGUUACUCGUUGAAGAAGCUUGUGUGGUCGUAA